GAAAAGAUACCAGAUCCUCCGGACCACCGCCUGCCAUUGCACGCUGGAUCGUCCAUAUCUACCCCGCUCGCCAUGGCCAGCGCCAUCACCAGCCCUUGUCUCCCUCCCUUCACUGUGAGCGAAGACUCGAUAAAUGGCCGCCAAUCCCUCCAAGAGGUCCAGCCUCUCCCAAGUGUCCUUGAUCUUUGCCUGUGGGACAGCACUGUUCUCUGAUGGAUAUGCCAACAAUGUGAUCGGAAGUGUGAACACUUUACUGAAGCGCAUAUACGGCGCCGAUGCAGUCGCCGCUCAUAAUUAUAGCAACACCCUCUCCAGUGUUGCUUUUGCGGGCACGAUCGUCGGAAUGCUCGUAUUUGGCUAUCUCUCCGACAGGCUGGGCCGGAAGUUCGGUAUGAUGCUCGCAACGGGUAUUGUCGCCCUCUUUUCAGGUCUUUCCGCCGCGUCAAGCGGCGCUCACCACAGCUUCGGCGGCAUGCUCUCCAUGCUGUGUGCGUGUCGGUUCUUGCUUGGCAUCGGCGUCGGCGCAGAAUACCCCUGCGGAUCUGUCGCAGCCUCGGAGCAGUCCGAAGAGCCUGGUAUCAGCAAGAAUGCACAGCAUAGGUGGUUUGCACUUGCAACAAACACGAUGAUUGACGUCGGGUUCGUGGUCGGGGCGUUCGUCCCGCUCGUGCUCUACUGGAUCUUCGGCGAACACCAUCUUCGCGCUGUAUGGCGGCUGUCCCUUGGGCUGGGCGUCAUACCUGCGCUCGCAGUGCUCGUCUGGCGUCUCCGCAUGGACGAGCCGGCGCGCUUCAAGAAGGACUCGAUGGCGCGCACGAGGACACCGUAUUGGCUCAUCAUAAAACGCUAUUGGGUUCAGCUGUGUGCGAUCUGCUUCACGUGGUUCAUUUAUGAUUUUAUUACGUACCCUUUCGGCAUCUACUCCUCUGUCGUCGUAGAUGACAUCACGGGUAACUCGACCGCCCUCAGCGUCGUCUUCGGCUGGAAUGUCGUGAUCAACUUGUUCUACAUACCAGGCACGGUUGGUGGCGCGUUUCUCGUCGACUAUCUCGGCCCCAAGUACACGAUGAUCAGUGGUCUGCUCGCGCAGGCUAUUAUUGGAUUCAUCAUGAGUGGUCUAUACAAGCAGCUGACGCACCACAUCGCCGCAUUUGCUGUCGUCUACGGGAUUUUCCUCAGCUUUGGCGAAGUCGGCCCCGGCAACUGUCUCGGAAUGCUCGCAGCGAAGAGCGGCCCGACCGCUGUCCGUGGUCAAUUCUACGGUAUCGCGGCCGCAGUAGGCAAGGUUGGCGCAUUUGUGGGUACUUGGGUCUUUCCCGUGAUCAUCGAUGAUUUCGGCGGCUCAAGCAGUGAUAAGGGCAAUACUGGGCCAUUUUGGAUCGCCAGUGCCUUGGCCGUUUUAAGUGCCAUUAUCACCUUCUUUUUCAUCCGGCCGCUCUCACAUGACUGCAUGGUGGAAGAGGAUCGCUUGUUCCGCGAAUAUCUAGAGGCGCAUGGCUUUGAUACGUCCAAGAUGGGCCUCAUCGAGACAACAGAGACCUGGUCCGAGGAUACGCCAUCCGAGAAGGAUGUCAAUGCCGUUAGUGAAAAAGUAUCGCCAACGCCGGUGUGAGCGGCUGCGCUCUCCCUCCGCUCUACAUUUGGACGUUCUUGCCUUGUCUCGCAGCGCUAGGAUAUUCCUUCCCUGUCAUCGCCACGUUCCACCUACUUCUGGGGAGCUGUCGGCGUCGACCAUGCUGUGUGAUGUGCUGUUUAACAUAAUGUAUUGUGCUGUCUGGAUAUGUCCCUGCUUCUCUAACGAUCUCCUCAUGACCUCGAGACUCUUGCUCAUGUAAUUGCAUAUAGCCACGGCAUCUCAUGUAGCUUGGAUCUGCUGGAUAUUCUUGGUCUUGUUCCUUGCAAUACGUUCAACAAUACCUUUAGUUGGAAUGAAUAGCGAACAUCCUCACUUCAGGGCACAUGGGUUUGCAAUAUAUAUGCAAUAAUCU